UUUGGGGGUUUUGGUCUUUUCACCCAUAUAGUAGGGGUCAAACUUCGGAAUUUCUUCUGGGUUAUUUUCACGAACGGGUUCGAAGAUCGACAAGCCAAAUUCCUUUAUCUAUAUUUCCCCCAAUUUCUAAGCAACGAGGACGAAUUAGGGUUUUGUUGAGUGUUUUUGUUCCUUUGGCUAUUUCGAGCAGAUAUGGGUCGAUCUCGAGCUGUAUCGAAGAUUGCUGACAAUGAUCUCAACCAGAGUAAAUCUUCCAAAAGAAAGAGAAUUGCUUUGAAUUCAGAUUCUGCAGAGAACGCAGCUUACAAUGUGGUUUUGGGGCAAGGAAAUGGCGAUAGGAAAGCUCCUUUAUAUCAUUGCAAUUAUUGCAACAAAGAUAUCUCGGGAAAGAUUCGGAUCAAAUGUGUAGUUUGCUCAGAUUUUGAUCUUUGUGUUGAGUGUUUCUCAGUUGGAGCUGAGGUUACUCCUCACAAAUGCAAUCACCCUUAUAGGGUUAUGGACAACUUGUAUUUUCCCCUUAUUUGUCCAGAAUGGAAUGCAGAUGAAGAGACAUUACUGCUAGAGGGUAUUGGGAUGUAUGGAUUCGGGAACUGGAACGAAGUUGCGGAACAUGUUGGAACAAAAAGCAAAGUACAAUGCAUUGACCAUUAUAAUGCUAUAUACUUGAAGUCCCCGUGUUUUCCCCUCCCUGACUUAUCCCAUGUUGUGGGAAAGAGCAAAGAUGAGCUCCUUGCCAUGGCCAAAGGACCUGGAGAAGUCAAGACAGAAAAUUCCAUGGUUGGAGAGCUUCCACCAAAUGAAGAGUCUCCUUUAUCAGCAGUUGUCAAAUAUGAAGAAACCAAAAAAGAUCCCGGUCCUCCAUCUUCAUCUCAUCCAACUGCUGAAGUUGGAGUGGAUCCAGUAAUGGCUCCUAACGAAUCUCUGAUCAAAGACGAAAUUAAAGUUGAAGAAUCUCAAGUGGAUAGGAGUAUUGGGGAGAAGAAACCUCGCAUAUUAGGGGAUGAGGGACCUUCAAUGACAGAGUUGAGUGGCUAUAAUGUCAAGAGGCAUGAGUUUGAAAUUGAAUAUGACAACAAUGCAGAGCAAUUGCUUGCAGAUAUGGAAUUUAAGGAUACUGACACUGAUGCUGAGCAUGAAUUGAAACUCCGAGUACUGCGCAUCUACUCAAAAAAGCUUGAUGAGAGGAAACGCAGGAAGGAAUUUAUACUGGAAAGAAAUUUGCUUUACCCUGACCCAUUUGAGAAGAAUCUUUCGCCUGAUGAAAAGGAAAUAUAUCAGCGGUUUAAGGUCUUCAUGCGAUUCCACUCAAAAGAGGAGCACGAGGAAUUGCUCCGGAUUAUUAUUGAGGAGCAUCGAAUCAUAAAAAGAAUACAAGAUCUUAAGGAAGCUCGAGCUUUUGGUUGCCAAACAGCAGCUGAGGCAAAUAGAUUUAUUCAACAAAAGAGGAGUAAUGAAGAAAGUGCUCUUAGGAUUCAAGAAAGUUUUCAAGCUGGUCCGAGUGGUAAAGUUUUGCAUAAGCCUGGUCACAUUAAAGAAGAAUUAGAUGGCAGUCCUUUGGGACUCGUUAGGGGAUCCAUCGAUCUACAUUCUAGUACGAAGGAUCCGUCUUUAGCUAUGCAAUCGGUUGCAAGCUCCUUGGAUGAUUGGGACAUCACUGGAUUGGCGGGGGCUGAUUUACUCUCCGAAACUGAGAAACAACUUUGCUGUGAAAUUCGAAUCCUACCUUCGCAUUAUCUCAACAUGUUACAGAUCAUGUCCGUGGAAGUGUUGAAUGGCAAGGUAACAAAGAAAUCUGAUGCCUAUAACUUGUUUAAGGUUGAGCCCAGCAAAGUUGAUAGGGUUUAUGAUAUGCUUGUGAAGAAGGGAAUAGCUCAAGCAUGAUUAAGGUUGUAUAGUUAUUUAUUGUUUGAUGUGCAAGGUAACAGUCAUGCUCCGCAUGAGUAGCAAUUAUUUGGCCAUAUUGCUAAACAUUGUAAGAUAAUAUUUAAUACAAGGCAUUGAAUAGCGCUGUGAACCUAGUUGGGGCUCUAUAACCAUUGUGCUAGAAUCUAGAUGAAGCUGUUCAAACUUA